AUGGACGUGCUCUUGCAGACAGAGGCGAGCGAGAUGGGGGGCUUCGAAAUGUUGGACGAGCCUCCUGAGAUAGAGGUGGAACCGAAAAGGCCAUGGAUCAGGCCUCGGGUGUUUCUUCAAGCUGUGCUUUGUGUGGGCACACUCGGUACGCUGCUGGGUCUGGGCAUCGCCUAUGCACAUGUACCGGCCGCCAAGCCAGAGGUUGAAACUACCACUGUUCCAGGCAUGGUGGCCCUGGCGGCUUCCACCUGGAUGGAUCUUGGCAAAGGUGGCGGGGGCAAGGUAAACGGGACCUUUUAUUCUGCGAAGGAAUGUAUCCUAGAAGCGCUCUCUUUGAAUGAGACCUCAGCCGAACCUUGGUACCUACUCGCUGCUUUUGGAGGUGGGCUGGUGAAUGGGACGAUGUUUUCUCAGAAAGAAUGCCUCGUCAGAUCCCUGUUGCUGAAUGCGACGAGCCCAGACGCCUGGAACGAUCUCGGGUCGCUGGGCGGUGGAGAAGUGAAGGGCAGGUUCUACACAGUGAAGGAAUGCCUGCAGAAAGCUUUAUCCUUGUGGCAUGAGAGGGACCGUGAAGGCAACGCCGUCACCUGGACAAACAUUGGCCUUGCUGGAGGUGGCAAUGUGAAUGGGAAGCUUUACUCUAGGAAGGAGAGCUUCCAGGAAGCACUGUCGAUGGAUAGCACUUGUGCUCUAGCUUGGUUCUUCCUUGGCCAUUUUGGAGGUGGGCAGGUGAAUGGGCACGUUUUUUCUCAGAAGGAUUGCUACCUCAGAUCUCUCCACAAUGUGAAUGAGACCCAGAAGAACUACUGCCCUCUUGACAACACGAGGAAGGGAUGCGCUGCCAUACUGGGUGGUGGCACCGUAUACGGAGAGUUCUAUUCUUCGAAAUCGAAGGAGUGUAUUCUAGAAGCUCUCUCUCUGAAUGAAACCUCAGCCGAACCUUGGAACCUACUUGGCCGUUUGGGAGGUGGGCUGGUGAAUGGGACGAUGUUUUCCGAGAAAGAGUGUUACAUCAGAGCCCUCUUGCUGAAUGAGACGAACCCAGACGCCUGGAACAAUUUCGGGUCUCUGGGCGGCGGAAAAGUGAGGGGCAGAUUCUUCACAGAAUUGGAGUGCCUGGAGAAAGCUCUUGCCCUGUCGCACAAACGGGACAAAAGCAAUGUCAUCACCUGGACAAACGUCGGCCUUGCUGGUGGUGGCAAUGUGAAUGGAAAGUCCUACUCUGAGCAGGAGUGCUACCUGGAAGCACUGUCCCUGGAUAAUACGUUCUCGGUGGCUUGGUACCUCCUUGGGCAGUCUGGAGGUGGGCAGGUGAAUGGGCGCAUUUUUCCUCAAAAGGAUUGCUACCUCAGAUCUCUCGACUUGGAUGAAACCCAGAAGAAACAUUCCUCGCUGGACAGCAAGAAGAAGGCGGUAGCCUGGACAAAUGUUGGCAUGCUAGGGGGUGGCAUGGUAAAUGGAACGUCCUACUCUGCGAAGGAGUGCUACGAAGAAGCUCUAUCUGUUCACUUCAACAACGUGGAGGCUUGGUUCCAGCUGGGCCGUGAGGGAGGUGGGCGGCCGCUGAAAGGGAGACUUUUCUCUGAGAAGGAUUGCUACAUCAGGGCCCUGUCCCUAGAUGAGACCAGUCCAACUCUUCGCAAAGAGGAGAAAGCCUUGGCCUGGACGAAGCUUGGCAUACUGGGGGCCGGCAGUGUGAAGGGCAAGGCCUACUCCGAAAAGGACUGCUACCUGGCCGCUCUCUCGCUACAUGCGACCCAACUGGCUUGGUUUCACCUGGGACUUCUGGGAGGUGGGGAGCUCAAUCGGAGAGUUUUUUCUGAGAAGGAGUGCUAUCAGAAAUCGGUCUCCCUCGAUGAACAUUUUGCAGAUGCUUGGGCACAACUGGCUACUGUGGAUGGGGGAGACGUUCAUGGAAGGUCUUACUCUACGGAGGAGUGCCUGGCAAAGGCAAAAUUCUUGAGAGAAAAUCCCAUCAUUGGGAUUUACAGUGGCCCUGGCUCAAGCAAAUCUCCAGAGAAAGGAACGGUUCGAGUUCAACUGAAUGACGCCAUGUCUGUCGCCACGACAACAGCCGCUUGGAAAUGGUGA